AUGCUCCUUUCCCCUAGCAACUCACCUGCAAAGGAGAAGCUGAUGCCUCGCGUGUCUCUGGACCUUGAAAAUGCCGCCGACCUGGCGUUGCUGAACGCAGGCGGCUGGCGCGUUGCAAUGGGGCUUGUUCCCGGCGAAUCGAACCAGGGGUUGGUCGCGGAAAUGAGGGGAAGCCCGGCCCGACUGCCCGACUACGACGAUUCCGGGUGGGAGCAGAACGCCGAAAUCCAGGAACGUCGUUCCGUAGGGCUGACGUUCGCCUGGUACCGGCUGAAGGUGACCAUCCCGUCCACGGCCAAGGGGGAGGAUCUGGCAGGCCGCCGGGUCUGGUUUGAGACCAACGUGGACAACUAUGGCGAGGUCUACGUGGACGGCCAGAUUGACCGCAACCUUUGGGUUAUCACGGGGAACAACGUGCCCAAACGCGUCCUCAUCGAGGAAAGCGCCGUUCCCGGCACGGAGCACGUAAUCGCGGUGCUGGUCGGAAACGCGCCGCUGGCUGAGCCGGUGGGCACCAUUUUUGUACGAUACGCCACUUUGGCGUUUGAGUAG